CUUACUUUAUGAAUUUAGCUUCAAAAUAUCACAAUAUAAUGGAAUCAUUGACUACAGAAAUGGCUAGAUUUUUCCAGAGGCUAGACGGUUUGCUGUUAUGGAGUGUAUCUUUGUGUCAUGGGUUGUGGUGUGUGGGCGUGGGGCCGGCCAACGGUGGCCGGCCCCCCGGGUCUGAGGGGCUUGGGCCCACAUUUUGAAAGCAGACGUGAAGAAAGCAUGCCCUUCCCCCUCUGGGUUCAGCGGUGUGGGCGUGGGGCCGGCCAACGGUGGCCGGCCCCCCGGGUCUGAGGGGCUUGGGCCCACAUUUUGCAAGCAGACGUGAAGAAAGCAUGCCCUUCCCCCUGUGGGUCCAGCGGUGUGGGCGUGGGGCCGGCCAACGGUGGCCGGCCCCCCGGGUCUGAGGGGCUUGGGACCACAUUUUGCAAGCAGACGUGAAGAAAGCCUGCCCUUCCCCGUGGGUUGCGGCGUGUGGGCGUGGGGCCGGCCAACGGUGGCCGGCCCCCCGGGUCUGAGGGGCUUGGGCCCACAUUUUGCAAGCAGACGUGAAGAAAGCAUGCCCUUCCCCGUGGGUUGCGGCGUGUGGUUGUGGGGCCGGCCAACGGUGGCCGGCCCCCCGGGUCUGAGGGGCUUGGGCCCACAUUUUGCAAGCAGACGUGAAGAAAGCCUGCCCUUCCCCGUGGGUUGCGGCGUGUGGGCGUGGGGCCGGCCAACGGUGGCCGGCCCCCCGGGUCUGAGGGGCUUGGGCCCACAUUUCCUUUUUUUUGGUCUUCUCUCUCUUUCUCUGGGAAGGGUGCCGGCCAACGGUGGCCGGCCUAGUAUUUUAAAGUGUGGGCCUUUUUGGCGGUGGCUUUUUCUGUCUUUUCUUUGGUCUUUGCUGCCUCUCGGCCUACGUGGCCGAGUUUCCCCGAUGUACCGCCUCUCUCUUCUCUCGCCGGCUGUCGUUCUUUAGCCCUUUAUGCUAUUUUGCACAGAAGCCUCCUUUGGGGCGGUGUCCUCUGGUUUUUUUUCUUUCUCUCUCUCUCUCUCAGGGAUGCGUGCCGGCAAACAUUGGCCGGCCCGGCUUAAUGUAUGGGCCUUGUCGCCUGUGGCUUUUUUCUUUCUUUUCUUUUCUUUUCUUUUCUUUUUGCUGCCUCUCGGCCUACGUGGCCGAGUUUCCCCCGAUGCACCGCCUCUCUCUUCUCUCUCGGCUGUCGUUCUUUAGCCCUUUAUGCGAGUUUGCACCGAAGCCUCCUUUGGGGCGACGGCCCCUCUUUCUUCCUGUCUGGGAAUCGUGCGGGCCAACGGUGGCCGGCCUAGUAUUUUAAAGUGUGGGCCUUUUUGGCGGUGGCUUUUUCUGUCUUUUCUUUGGUCUUUGCUGCCUCUCGGCCUACGUGGCCGAGUUUCCCCGAUGUACCGCCUCUCUCUUCUCUCGCCGGCUGUCGUUCUUUAGCCCUUUAUGCUAUUUUGCACAGAAGCCUCCUUUGGGGCGGUGUCCUCUGGUUUUUUUUUUUUCUCUCUCUCUCUCUCAGGGAUGCGUGCCGGCAAACAUUGGCCGGCCCGGCUUAAUGUAUGGGCCUUGUCGCCUGUGGCUUUUUUCUUUCUUUUCUUUUCUUUUCUUUUCUUUUUGCUGCCUCUCGGCCUACGUGGCCGAGUUUCCCCCGAUGCACCGCCUCUCUCUUCUCUCUCGGCUGUCGUUCUUUAGCCCUUUAUGCGAGUUUGCACCGAAGCCUCCUUUGGGGCGACGGCCCCUCUUUCUUCCUGUCUGGGAAUCGUGCGGGCCAACGGUGGCCGGCCUAGUAUUUUAUAGUGUGGGCCUUUUUGGCGGUGGCUUUUUCUGUCUUUUCUUUGGUCUUUGCUGCCUCUCGGCCUACGUGGCCGAGUUUCCCCGAUGUACCGCCUCUCUCUUCUCUCGCCGGCUGUCGUUCUUUAGCCCUUUAUGCUAUUUUGCACAGAAGCCUCCUUUGGGGCGGUGUCCUCUGGUUUUUUUUCUCUCUCUCUCUCUCUCUCAGGGAUGCGUGCCGGCAAACAUUGGCCGGCCCGGCUUAAUGUAUGGGCCUUGUCGCCUGUGGCUUUUUUCUUUCUUUUCUUUUCUUUUCUUUUCUUUUUGCUGCCUCUCGGCCUACGUGGCCGAGUUUCCCCCGAUGCACCGCCUCUCUCUUCUCUCUCGGCUGUCGUUCUUUAGCCCUUUAUGCGAGUUUGCACCGAAGCCUCCUUUGGGGCGACGGCCCCUCUUUCUUCCUGUCUGGGAAUCGUGCGGGCCAACGGUGGCCGGCCUAGUAUUUUAUAGUGUGGGCCUUUUUGGCGGUGGCUUUUUCUGUCUUUUCUUUGGUCUUUGCUGCCUCUCGGCCUACGUGGCCGAGUUUCCCCGAUGUACCGCCUCUCUCUUCUCUCGCCGGCUGUCGUUCUUUAGCCCUUUAUGCUAUUUUGCACAGAAGCCUCCUUUGGGGCGGUGUCCUCUGGUUUUUUUUUUUCUCUCUCUCUCUCUCUCAGGGAUGCGUGCCGGCAAACAGUGGCCGGCCCGGCUUAAUGUAUGGGCCUUGUCGCCUGUGGCUUUUUUCUUACUUUUCUUUUCUUUUCUUUUCUUUUUGCUGCCUCUCGGCCUACGUGGUCGGGUUUCCCACGAUGCACCGCCUCUCUCUUCUCUCGCCGGCUGUCGUUCUUUACCCCUUUAUGCGAUUUUGCACAGAAGCCUCCUUUGGGGCGGCGGCCCCUCUUUCUUCCUCACAGGGAAGCGUGCCGGCCAACGGUGGCACGCCUAGUAUUUCAACGUGUGGGCCUUGUCGGCCUAUGUGGUCGACGUGUUUCCCACGAUGCACCGCCUCUGUCUUCUCUCGCGGCUGUCGUUCUUUACCCCUUGGUGCAAUCUUGCACAGAACCCUUCUUUGGGGCGGCGGCCUCUAUUUCUUCCACUCAGGGAAGCUCGCCGGCCAACGAUGGCCGGCCUAGUAUUUCAGUGUGUGGGCCUUGCCGGAUGUGGCUUAUUCUUUCUUUUCUUUUAUUUUCAUGAAAUCAGCGGGGGAGGAUGGGCGGGUUGUGUUUCCACAGAACACCACUCAAAGAAACAGUUAGCGGUAUCCUAUACUGUUCUAAAUUGCUCGACAACAUAAUGAUAGAAUCAUAGAAACAUGGCACCAAACAUCAUAUAAUCAUAAAGCUAGAAGAGACCAUCCAGUUCAACGCCAUUCUGCCAUGCAAAAACAAUAUACAGUAGAGUCUCAGUCAUCCAACACUCGCUUAUCCAAUGUUCUGGAUUAUCCAACUUAUUUUUGUAGUCAAUGUUUUCAAUAUAUUGUGAUAUUUUGUUGCUAAAUUCGUCAUUACUACGUAAUAUUACUGCGUAUUGAACUACCUUUUCUGUCUAAUUUGCUGUUAAACAAGAUUUUAUGGGGCUUAAUUUGUAAAAUAACCUAAUUUGCUGUUCAAAGGGCUUUUCCUUAAUGUCUCCUUAUCAUCCAACAUAUUUGCUUAUCCAACGUUCUGCUGGCCCGUUAAUGUUGGAUAAGCGAGACUCUACUGUAUCCAGAAAUAUCUGGUGCUGUAACCGAUAUAUCAUUUACCGUCCCGGAAUACUAGCCAGAUGGCCCAUGAAUGGUCACAAAAGUCAUAGAAAUAUGGUCACAGAAGUCAUGGAAUAAUAGAAACAUGGUCCCUAAAGUCAUAGACUCAAAGAAACAAGUAACAGAAUCAUCCCAAAAGUCCUAGAAUCCUAAAAUGAUAGAAUCAUAGAGUCAUGGCGCCAAACAUCAUAGAAUCAUAAAGGUAGAAGAGACCAUCCAGUCCAAUGCUAUUCUGCCAUGCAAAAGCAAUAUAACACUCUUGCAGGCUUCAUCAUUACUGGAUCCGUCCUUCAGGACUUUGGCAAACGUUGGAUGUGCAAUGUUGCUAUUUCAUCCAAGGCAGAAAUUCAACUCAUUCUUGGAUGGACAAACAGAACCACAACUGCUAACGUUCCCUUAAGGCAGUGUUUCUCAACCUGUGGAUCUCCAGGUGUUUUUACCUACAAGUCCCAGAAAUCCCAGCCAUUUUACCAGCUGUUAGGAUUUCUGGGAGUUGAAGGCCAAAACAUCUGGGGACCCACAAGUCGAGAACCACUGCCUCAAGGGAGAAACUGUGGCAUUACCUCCGAAGUUAAAAAAUUGGAAAAACCAAACUCUUCCUUGAAAAGCUGUGAUUGUCUAGACAUGUGGGGGUUAAAUCUAGGGCAAAGGAGUGUAAAAAUAGAUGGGAGGGUCCAAUGUGAAAGGUUUGGAACCCCUCCCCUUAUAUAUAAAACAAAGACUCCGCCUCCAAUAUGUGGCAUUCAGUGUGUGUCCACACCAGGGUAGAAUUGGCACCAUGCUCUCCAGAUCAGCCAUGCACGUGCCACAUUAUGCCCCUUCCAUGUUCAGGGAGUUUGACAGAUGGAAGGGCUAUCUGAGCCUUGCGAAAGUGGUUACGGAGAUCAUCGCGGAACGCAAGAAGGUCCCAUUUCCAUCUCAGAGUUUGGACACAAUGGAGUACGACAUGCAGCUAGUCCUCAACGAGGACAACUUUGAAACAGCAUCACAAUGGGUUAAUGGAAGCAGUUCCAGCAGCAAGAGCUCCAAAGGUAGUGCCAAUGGCCAGGCUUCCCAAAACAAGGAGAUUUGCAAUUUCUGCAAACACAACGGGGAAUCCAAGCAGGUCUAUUCGUCCCACCGGCUGAAGGGGAUGGACGGCACCGUGGAGUGCCCCAUCUUGCGCAAAUACACCUGUCCGCUCUGCGGUGCCACGGGCGAAAAGGCCCAUACUUUAAAAUACUGCCCACUGAGCCAAGGGAAGAGGUCGCUGUAUCGCAAGUGCGGACGUAACUCGGCUGGACGCAAGGUUUGGAGAAUGGAAGCCCAAUUCUCUUAGACUACAUUUGUGAGUCCAGAAAUGUUUUUUUAUGUAUAUUGUUGCCUUCUUUCACAUUUGUUGUACCUAGGUUAAUUAUAUUGUGUUUCUUUUAGAUGUGUCAGUUGCCUAGUGUGAUGAUUCAUGGGCCCUGCAGUCCUAUUCCUGACAGUAUUGUGGCAGAUGAGGAGGAAAAUAUGGAGUUUUCCCCAGAUUUCCGGUCGGAGUCAGAGCCUUGGCAGCUGCCUGAAGUUCUAGUCCAAGAACCAAUUAAACCUGACCUUGGUGGGAACUCUCCCCCUUAUGGGAGAAAACAGGCUUACACGACUGAUAGAGGAUCGAGAGAAAAAUUUAGAAGUACUGCUCGCCUUGCUGCCAAAUAUGCCACUGAUUAGAAGUAUUUCCCCUGAGAAAAUACGGGGAGUCUUGCACCUGCAAGCUGGUUUCCUUCGCUCCCUGUUCUCUAGGGAAAGUGAUUGUUGUUUGGGGAAACGAGACCCAAUAUAGGGAAAUUGCGCGAAGGAUUCCUUGCGGAGUCAAUUCGUCAGCUCCUGGAGAGAGGUCAUGUGUGUGUGGACUUCGAAUCCUGUUCCUUGCCUCCUGAAUCUAGUUCCAAGCCUUGUCCUCGUCUCACGGAUUUACCACAGAUCUUGUUCCAUGCUUCAAGUUGCCUCAUUUGAAAGGUCUGCUUCUGAACUUUAUUCUACACUUGUUUUUAUUGACUUUAUAUAUUCCUUUAAUAAAGAUAUUAGAUAGAAUCUGGCCUCAGUGUAUGGUUAUUGGUGCCCAGCAGCCUAUAUCCUGACACCUUGUAUCAUGCUUUUUUAUACAUAUAAUCAUGUUUUUUACAUAUGUAAUAUCACGUUCCUUUGACAUCUGUAAUUGCCUUAUAUCAUAUUUUAUAUUGUGUUUUAUAUAUGCAGUUACUUUACAUGUUUCUUUUAUGUAUGGAUGUAUAAUUUUUACAUGUUUAAUUAUAUUAUUUGCAACUAUAAUUGCCUAAUAUCAUGCUUCUUUUAUAUAUGCAAUGACAUCAUGUUUAUUUAACGUAUAUAAGUGCCUUAUAUCAUGUCCGGGUUAUCAUGUGUGUCUCCAGAGGGAUGCAGCCCUAUCCUUUGCAGGGAAAAUAUAGAAAUAUCUUCUAAAUGGCUACUGUCUAGAAUUUUGUUUUGUAAAGAAAGGAAAAGUUUAUAUGCUAUUGGAAAGAAAGAUACUAUUUUAUGUUUAAAUUUUGGAAAGGAAUAGAAUUGGUUAUUAUUACUGUGGUCUAACCUUCAAUUGUUUGCAAGUUGUUCUAAAGUUUGGAUCGUAGAGUUUAAUAAACAGAGUUUAUGGUUUUGGCAUCAAAACUGUUCAUGUUGUGCUUAAAUGGGAUUGAAUUUUCUUUAAUUUGUGGCCCAUAAUAGGCUGGUUAUAAGCCUGAUCUGGAAGGCAGCCAAGGCAAAGACCAUUGAGCUGCUGAACUUGCAGACUGAAAGGUCCCAGGUUCAAAUCCCGGGAGCAGAGUGAGCGCCCGCUGUUAGCUCCAGCUUCUGCCAACCUAGCAGCUUGAAAACAUGCCAAUGUGAGUAGAUGAAUAGGUACCGCUGUGGCGGGAAGGUAAUGGCACUCCAUGUAGUCAUGCCGACCACAUGACCUUGGAGGUGUCUAUGGACAACACUGGCUCUUGGGGUUAGAAAUGGAGGUGAGCACAACCCCCAGAGUCAGACAUGACUGAACUUAACGUCAAGGGAUACCUUUACACACACACACAUGCAGGGACUACACCAAUUUAACAAAGUUUCAGCCACAAAAACAAAGUUUCUAAAGUAGAGCAAUGACUUUCACAGUAAAGACAACCCAAUUUAACAGGAAAUAAGACUUUCAAACCAGGAACAGAUUUCUGCAAUUAUUAAAAAAUGGUUCAUUAUAAAAGCUAUGAAAAUUUGCCAAAAAUCAGAGGAUAAGGGAAACGUUCCACAUUUUGGUGAGCUAUCAGUGUUAAAUGUGUUCUACCACUGUACCAAGUUUGAAGAAGAUCACUCAAAAAAUGAG